CCAGCUCCGCACAGGCAGCCGCGCCCCCGGGCCUCGAGGGCGCGAGGGUCGCCCCACCUCGGAGCGCCGCGGACCAGCCUCCGCACGGACUCCCGGCAGAGCUGUCGAUCCCAUUGAAAUAAAGCUCCGAGGAGAUCUAUAGAUCUGAGCCCUGAGAAUUCAGUUUGGAUCCUCAGCAGAUGGGUGUCAGUAUCAUCUCCUAGCCAGCAGGAUGGAAACCACAGCCUUAAAUUCCCAGAAGGAGCUAUCAGCAUGUAAGGAUAAAGAAGACUGUCAGGAAAAUGGAGUUCUACAGCAGGGUGUCCCUGUCCCUGAGGAUAAGGUGGAGUCUGGCCAAAUCUCCAGUGGGUACUCAGCAGUUCCAAGCCCUGGUGCAGGAGAUGACCCUCAGCACUCCAUUCCGGCUGCUACCACAGCCCUAGUGGCCGAAGUUCAUCAAGGGGAACGAGAGGCCUGGGGCAAGAAGAUGGAUUUCCUCCUGUCGGUCAUUGGCUAUGCCGUGGACCUGGGCAACGUCUGGCGCUUCCCCUACAUAUGUUACCAGAAUGGAGGGGGGGCAUUCCUCCUCCCCUACACUAUCAUGGCCAUUUUUGGGGGGAUCCCGCUGUUCUACAUGGAGCUCGCGCUGGGCCAGUACCACCGAAAUGGAUGCAUUUCAAUAUGGAGGAAAAUCUGCCCGAUUUUCAAAGGGAUCGGUUAUGCCAUCUGCAUCAUUGCUUUCUACAUUGCCUCCUACUACAAUACCAUCAUGGCCUGGGCACUCUACUACCUCAUUUCGUCCUUCACGGACCAGCUGCCCUGGACCAGCUGCAAGAACUCCUGGAACACUGGCAACUGCACCAACUACUUCUCCGGGGACAACAUCACCUGGACGCCCCACUCAACGUCCCCUGCAGAAGAAUUUUACAUGCGCCACGUCCUGCAGCUCCAUCGGUCUAAUGGACUUCAGGACCUGGGCGGCAUCAGCUGGCAGCUCACCCUCUGCAUCAUGCUGAUCUUUGCUGUUAUCUACUUUAGUAUCUGGAAAGGUGUCAAAACAUCAGGCAAGGUGGUAUGGGUGACAGCCACCUUCCCUUAUAUCAUCCUUUCUAUCCUGCUGGUAAGGGGGGCCACCCUCCCCGGAGCCUGGAGGGGUGUUCUCUUCUACUUGAAACCCAACUGGCAGAAACUCCUGGAGACAGGGGUGUGGGUGGAUGCUGCUGCUCAGAUCUUCUUCUCUCUUGGUCCUGGCUUUGGGGUUUUACUGGCUUUUGCUAGCUACAACAAAUUCAACAACAAUUGUUACCAAGACGCCCUGGUGACCAGUGUGGUGAACUGUAUGACGAGUUUCGUGUCAGGAUUUGUCAUCUUCACAGUGCUCGGAUAUAUGGCUGAGAUGAGGAACGAAGAUGUGUCUGAGGUGGCCAAAGAUGCAGGCCCCAGCCUCCUCUUCAUCACAUAUGCAGAAGCCAUAGCCAACAUGCCAGCAUCCACUUUCUUUGCUAUCAUCUUCUUCCUGAUGUUGAUCACACUGGGCCUGGACAGCACUUUUGCAGGCUUGGAGGGGGUGAUCACAGCUGUGCUAGAUGAGUUUCCACACAUCUGGUCCAAGCGCCGGGAGUGGUUUGUGCUUUGUGUGGUCAUUACCUGCUUCUUUGGAUCCCUAGUCACCCUGACCUUUGGUGGGGCAUACGUGGUGAAGCUGCUGGAGGAGUAUGCCACAGGGCCCGCAGUGCUCACCGUUGCACUUAUAGAGGCAGUUGCCGUGUAUUGGUUUUAUGGCAUCACUCAGUUCUGCAGUGACGUGAAGGAAAUGCUUGGCUUCAGCCCUGGAUGGUUCUGGAAGAUCUGCUGGGUAGCCAUCAGCCCUCUGUUUCUCCUGUUCAUCAUUUGUAGUUUUUUGAUGAGCCCGCCACAGCUACGACUUUUCCAAUAUAAUUAUCCACAGUGGAGUAUCAUCCUGGGUUACUGCAUAGGAACCUCAUCUUUCAUCUGCAUCCCCACAUAUAUAACUUAUCGGCUGGUCACCACUCCAGGGACAUUUAAAGAGCGUAUUAUUAGAGGCAUUACUCCAGAAACUGCGACAGAAAUUCCCUAUGGGGACAUCCAUUUGAAUGCCAUAUAACAUGCUUCAGUGAGAGAAAGUGGCUUCCUAACAAUCUCUUCCUCUGGUUCUGACAAGUCAUGCCUCGCCUUCACCCCUCUAAGUGAAUGAGUUUCCAGCUACCCCUGACAAUGGAAGGGACUUCUCAUGGAGAGAUGGUCCCAGAAGACUAUGGGUGCCCAGACUCUUAUGGCCUCCAAUGACUUGUUUCUCUGAAAUCUCUUGGACAUAUCACCAUGUUAGCUCUAUGACAUAGCUAAACUGAACUAUUUUAGAUGUGUGAGGCUGUGUAUGGAGGUCAUGAAAGCCACCACCUAAUCAGGAUUAGGUUUAGAAUCAAGUUUGUAAAAGUCUCCUGCAUCAUUUCUUGUUAUGAUCAUUGGUAUCUGGCAUCCAUUUGCUUCUAAAAGUUUCACUGUUCAUAAAUGCAUAAACCAUGUAGAAGAAAACAGGGAUGCUGUUUUGCUAGCCAUAUAUUUUCUGAGUAGCAUAGAAUUCUAUAGCUGGAAUCUACUAGAACCCUGUAACAACCCAUGUGCUGCUGUGGAGUCAGGAAGAUGUAGAAACUAAAUGGAAAUAAUGUAUACAUGUGAGCCUGUGUAUAUGCUGUUGUUUCAGUGGAUCCUUAUCUCUAUUCUAAUACUUUGGGCCCAUUACAAACUAUAUGAAUUUGCUCUGAUUUUUCUUACAUUAACAAAUGUGUAUGUAUGUUAUUAUAAGGGUAUAACUACUACAACAUGCUCUGCCACCUUCUUUUCCAGUGACAUUGCGUUAGCACACACCUUCCUUUAUGGGCCAGUGUCUAGCAUUGCUGCACUUCAUUGCUAUCUUCCUGUCUCUGCCAGCUAAACAUUCAGGAUAAUGUUCCACAGGCAAAUAUGGCCUAUUUCAUUAGGGACUGUGGCUUGGCCAUAAACUGCUUUGUGGAAGGAUACUGACAAAUGCAUCUUCAAUGUUCAGUUGACUAUCUGGUUUAAGCUCUGUUUCAAAUGACUGGGUUUGACUGCUCAGGUUACUCUGCUUUGGGAAGAAAAGUUAAAUCCAAUUCUUGCUUAUAGGGCAUAGGUCUGGCACCCUGACCUUAACCAAGGUCACCCUCAAUCCAGAAGUGAUUGGAGACUCUAGCCUUAAGUGGAAUUCCCCCAACCCUUCCUGGUUGGUCACCAGGAUUGUGAGCCCUCCAGAUAAUAUUCAGGAUUGAGUCGAAACUAAGUAAGGCUAAUUGGAAAAGGGUCAGUUAAGUGAAUAAUAACCUUGCAUCCCACACAAAGCCUUUGAUACAAAUCAAGUAAAUUUGACCUUUGGUGGCUUGUGACUUUCAAAUGCAUGAGUGAAGAAUUUAUCUUGUAGUAUAAAAUUCCUCACCAAAAUCUUUUUUUUUUCCUCACCAAAAUCUUAAAGCGGAUAAAGCCUAGUCAAUGAUAAAAGGACUCAGUCAUCUAACCCCAUAUAAUUUCAGUCCUCUAUAUAUAUUGAAUUUAAUUCUAACAGCCUUAUAGAAAGAAGACUCGUAUAGCAGAGGCUUGGUUUUAUCCAAUUAUAGAUCUUCCUCUCUUGGUUUCUUUCACCAACAAUCUGCCCCAGCCAUUUCCUUGUAUUUCCCCUAUAUCCUUCUAUUUCUGAUUCUUUGCUUCUCUCAGCAGGAUAUUUUCCUUAUAGAUGUGUGCUGCUGAGAAGUUUCCCAAAAUAUUAGAGGAAAAGAAGAGGGGUUAAAAAAAAUGUCCCUCACUGACCUACCUUCAUUAUCUUCACUCUUUCAUUCCUUCACGCUACCUUGUUUUCAUUCUCUUUUCUUCCUAGCACGCUGAAAGGAGAGGGGUUGUAUAAGUGGCAGCAUAUUCAGUGGUAAAUAGCUUUGCAAAUUUUAAGAAUUACUUUAUAAAGAUAUUCGGAUAUGAAUUCUUUCCAUUCCACACACACUUACACAUGCUCCAAAGAUAUUAUUUCUUAAAAGCACUUUUUCAAAGAGAGUUAAAGUUUUGCUGAGACAGGUGUUGAGGGAAUUCUAUAGGUGUUUUGAAAAGUUUUCAGACUUCACUGGACUUAAAAAAAAAAACAAAACCAAAAUCUCUGUUCUGCACAGUUUGCAUUUACUUGAUCCCUAUUUAUCAGUAUUACUAUGGAUUUUUUUUAUAGAUUUUUUUUAAAGGAAAACUUAGAAGUAGGUAGAUGGACUUUAAAACAAUCUUUUAAAGACCUUUUACACCUAAUGUAGUAUAUACACAAAAGUAAAAAAAAAUAAAAAUGGAAUUGAAUUGUAAAGUUAAGUACUGAAGUGAAUUUUUUUUUCUGUGAUUUUAUUAGUAAGAAAUAGGCAAGACACAAGAUA